AUGUAUAAAAUUUACAAAUUGAUUCUCCUUGAACGCGGUACGUUGCUUGAACCAGUUGUUGAUUUUAUUUUGAACCUGAAGACUGUCACGUACAAACAGCUCGUUGACAACAUGCCGUUUAACGUGGCUACCAUUACCAGCAUUUUGAAAUAUUUGAUACAGAUUAGGGUUGUGGAGUACAACAUAUACCAGAACGUUACGUACUAUACAAUAAAUACGAAAUACAUCCUCAAUAGGUUAUUUUUACCAUUUUACAUGGACCUGCUGUCCGAGAAAGAACAAAACAUGCUUAUAGAACUUUUCGUAAAGGGUGUUGCAAUACGUAGAAAUGAUGAAGACGAGGCGAUGUUGUUUGUCAAGUCUGUGCCAUUACAUGAAAUAAAGUCUCUUUUGAGACUAAAGUUCCGUGAAUAUGGUACCAGAAAAGAGGAAAAAAUGAAAAAUAUUGAAAUAUCUAAACGAAAAAAGACUAGAAAAUACUUAACGCUUGACUUUGAGUAUUUGGAAAAAAAACUGUUGAAUAAAAUAGUAAAUGAUUACAUAUUAGAACGCUAUAUUGAUGUGAGAUGCGAAAACAUACUUAAGUAUAUCGAAAAUGAUAAAAUUACAUUGGAUCAACAGAAUGGUGUGGCAAAGAAGAUCAUAUGCACUGUGAAUAGCAACAACUUUGCAGUAAAUGCAACCGUUUUAAAGCGAUGGAUAAUUAAUAAGCAUUUAGACAUGGAUACAAGGAAGCUCUACAAUUUUAUAGUCGAGAAACUAUUCGUGCCUGAUGAUCAGAUAAUUAAGCAGGUUCUAGUAGAGCGACAGAAGAUAAAGCCAAUUUUAUUUGGUCUGAUGCAGAAUGGAUUGAUUGCCAUACAUAAGAAUGGAUGGGUCGAUAAAAUAUCGUUUGGUGGUGUAGCGCAUGCGUUGAUGCAGAAUAUGGAACAUCAUAUCAGCAAAAUAGCUGAAGCAAGAAGUGAAAAUUUGGAUAGCACAGCUUUGUCAUCGAAUCUUAUAGAUAUGAGCAGAGAUCUUUUUGUGUUGAAGGGCUUUAGAUGGGAUUGA